CGUUCCCAGCGCGCGGCCCGAAUGGCGGCCGGCAAGCGCCCCGCUGCCGGACCUCGGUCGCGAGCUGCCAUGGCCCAAUGGAGGAAGAAGAAAGGGCUCCGGAAGCGCCGAGGCGCGGCCUCCCAGGCCCGCGGCAGCGACUCGGAGGACGGCGAGUUUGAGAUCCAGGCGGAAGAUGACGCCCGGGCCCGGAAGCUGGGACCUGGCAGACCCCUGCCCACCUUCCCCACCUCAGAAUGCAUCUCGGAUGUGGAACCGGACACCCGGGAGAUGGUGCGUGCCCAGAACAAGAAGAAGAAGAAGUCUGGAGGCUUCCAGUCCAUGGGCCUAAGCUACCCGGUGUUCAAAGGCAUCAUGAAGAAGGGGUACAAGGUGCCGACGCCCAUCCAGAGGAAGACCAUCCCAGUGAUCUUGGAUGGCAAGGAUGUGGUGGCCAUGGCCCGGACGGGCAGUGGCAAGACAGCCUGCUUCCUCCUCCCCAUGUUCGAGCGGCUCAAGACCCACAGUGCCCAGACUGGGGCCCGCGCCCUCAUCCUUUCGCCCACCCGAGAGCUGGCCCUGCAGACCCUGAAGUUUACUAAGGAGCUAGGCAAGUUCACUGGCCUCAAGACUGCCCUGAUCCUGGGUGGAGACAGGAUGGAAGACCAGUUUGCAGCCCUGCACGAAAAUCCCGACAUAAUUAUUGCCACACCUGGACGUUUGGUGCAUGUGGCUGUGGAAAUGAACCUGAAGCUGCAGAGUGUGGAAUACGUGGUGUUCGAUGAAGCCGACCGGCUUUUUGAAAUGGGCUUCGCAGAGCAGCUGCAGGAGAUCAUCACCCGCCUCCCUGGGGGCCACCAGACGGUGCUGUUCUCCGCCACGCUGCCCAAACUGCUGGUGGAAUUUGCCCGGGCUGGCCUCACGGAGCCUGUGCUCAUCCGGCUUGACGUGGACACCAAGCUCAACGAGCAGCUGAAGACCUCCUUCUUCCUCGUGCGGGAGGACACCAAGGCUGCCGUGCUGCUCCACCUGCUGCGCAAUGUGGUGCGGCCCCAGGACCAGACCGUGGUGUUUGUGGCCACGAAGCACCACGCCGAGUACCUCACUGAGCUGCUGACGACCCAACGGGUGAGCUGCGCCCACAUCUACAGUGCCCUAGACCCGACAGCCCGCAAGAUCAACCUCGCCAAAUUCACGCUUGGCAAGUGCUCCGCUCUCAUUGUGACUGACCUGGCCGCCCGGGGCCUGGACAUCCCGCUGCUGGACAAUGUCAUCAACUACAGCUUCCCCGCCAAGGGCAAGCUCUUCCUGCACCGUGUGGGCCGUGUGGCUCGGGCUGGCCGAAGUGGCACAGCCUACUCCUUGGUGGCCCCUGAUGAAAUCCCCUACCUGCUGGAUCUGCACCUGUUCCUGGGCCGCUCCCUCACCCUCGCCCGACCCCUUGAGGAGCCCUCAGGUGUGGCCGGUGUGGACGGCAUGCUGGGUCGGGUGCCACAGAGUGUGGUGGAUGAGGAGGACAGCGGCCUGCAGAGCACCCUGGAGGCAUCGCUGGAGCUACGGGGCCUGGCCCGCGUCGCCGACAACGCCCAGCAGCAGUAUGUGCGCUCGCGCCCGGCGCCCUCACCCGAGUCCAUCAAGAGGGCCAAGGAGAUGGACCUUGUGGGGCUGGGCCUGCACCCCCUCUUCAGCUCGCGUUUUGAGGAGGAGGAGCUGCAGCGGCUGAGGCUGGUGGACAGCAUAAAGAACUACCGCUCCCGGGCGACUAUCUUUGAGAUCAACGCCUCCAGCCGAGACCUAUGCAGCCAGGUGAUGCGCGCCAAGCGGCAGAAGGACCGCAAGGCCGUCGCCCGCUUCCAGCAGGGGCGGCAGGAGCAGCAGGAGGGCCCAGUGGGCCCAGCCCCGAGCCGCCCAGCACUGCAGGAGAAGCAGCCUGAGGAGGAGGAGGAGGAGGAGGCGGGAGAGAGUGUGGAGGACAUUUUCUCAGAGGUCGUGGGCCGGAAGCGGCAGCGGUCAGGACCCAACAGGGGAGCCAAGAGGCAGAGGGAGGAGGCUCGGCAGCGGGACCAGGAAUUCUACAUCCCCUACCGGCCCAAGGACUUUGACAGCGAGCGGGGCCUGAGCAUCAGCAGGGAAGGGGGAGCCUUCGAGCAGCAGGCGGCUGGCGCUGUCCUGGACCUGAUGGGGGAUGAAGCCCAGAACCUGACGAGGGGCCGGCAGCAACUCAAGUGGGACCGUAAGAAGAAGCGGUUUGUGGGGCAGUCAGGACAGGAAGACAAGAAGAAGAUUAAGACAGAGAGCGGCCGCUACAUCAGCAGCUCCUACAAGCGAGACCUCUAUCAGAAGUGGAAACAGAAACAGAAAAUUGAUGAUCGUGACUCGGACGAAGAAGGGGCAUCUGACCGGCGAGACCCAGAGCGAAGAGGUGGGAAGCGAGGCCGUGGCCGAGGUGCAUCCCAGUCCCACGCCCCAGGCACCCCUGCAGGCCGCGUCCGCCCGGAACUCAAGACCAAGCAGCAGAUCCUGAAGCAGCGGCGCCGGGCCCAGAAGCUGCGCUUCCUGCAGCGUGGUGGCCUCAAGCAGCUCUCUGCCCGCAACCGCCGCCGCGUCCAGGAGCUGCAGCAGGGUGCCUUCGGCCGGGGUGCCCGCUCCAAAAAGGGCAAGAUGCGGAAGAGGAUGUGAGGACCAGGACCCAGCCCCGUGGCUCCUUGAUUGGCCUUAGGGUGGACAUCAGCAGACGUUCCCGUGCACCACUGUGUGCCUGGCCCUGUGCUGGGCACUGGGGGCACUCCCUGCAGGAGCCAUCAUCCGUGAAAAGGAGCACUGUAUGGCCACAGAAGGGCAGCAGCUGCGUCAGCCUAAGACAGAGACAUUUGAGCAGGGCCCUGAAGGGUGUGUAGGAGUUCGCCAGCAAAGCCAGGCAGGCCAAGACCUGAGUUGGCAACUCAGCUGCUGCUGCUUCCAUGUGUUCUGGGUUCAGAGGUCAUGGCUGCACCGGUCAGAGCCCUGAGUGUCUCAGGGUUUGGCGAUGGAAUUUUUAAUGUAAUAAAUCUUUAUUGAGCACUGC